UUUUGAAAAGAUGUCAAGUUCAUCAAGUGAAAAUUUAACUAAUGAGGAGGAUAAAAAGUUUAUUACACAAAUACGUUCACAUCCGAAAUUUGUAGAGGCAAAGGUAAGUAAGGGAGAGAGAGAAGGAGGUAUAAGUGUAGCUCCAGGCAGGCAUCGACCCUGAGACCAGUUGGCACGUAUUCCUAGAGGCUUUCGAUCACCCAGUACAGGUGCUCCGC